GUCUCCAUCUAUUCAGUGUCUUCCUUUUCCAACCCGCCGUACCGCUCACCUUUGCAAUCACCAUCCUUCCGCAACGGGUUGGUGCGACCAUAACUCCCCCUCAUCAAACCAACGCCUCUUAGCCAGGGUCAAACGGAGCACCUUCACAAGCCGCUUUUGGUCACAUCGGCAUCGGCUCAUACUCAUACUCAUGCUCAUUUGAGUUGAGCACAUCUCACCCCGCAGACAAUAUUCACAUCUCAUCCAUACCCGCCUCAGUACCUUCCUCCCCCGACAAUGACACGCAGAACCAAGAGCGCCGCCCGCAAGGCCCGGGAGAGGGCCGCUGAGGAAGGAGGCGCCAAGCUGCAGGACGUGGAGAAGAUGAUGGGCGAGCUCAACAUCAAGAAGGAGGGUGAGGUGGAGGAGAAUGAGAAUGGCAACAACGGAGGAGGCGCCGAUCUUCACGACAUUGAGGAGAUGAUGAUCCCGUUGAAUAUCGAGAGGGAGGAUGUCGUCGACGGCAGCAGCCACGACGGUAAUGAGCAGAGAGAUGAUGCGGCUUUAGAAUGUGUUGAACUGAAGGAUGUGUUGGAUGACCUCAAGAGCCCCAAGAGCGUUGAUCCCAAUGAGACGAAGGCGAAUGGCGAGAGCAGCGCACCAAAUACGGACAGGAAGCUGACCCAGAAGGAGGCGGCGAACCUCCAGACAAACCUCGUCGCGCGCUGGGAGGAGUACUUUGGCAAGAGAGAGCUGGCUGACUGGCAGCGUCUCUGUGGUGAUCUGGGUCUGGACACAGACUUGCCCACCAAGACCCAAUGCCGAAAGGCCCUCAGGACGGUCAACGUCAGCAUCAAGCAGUUCCUCAGCGUCGGCAACCGGCCUGACGACGUCAAGUUCUUCAAGAAUCCCUCGCAGCUUGGAAGAUAUUGCCGCAAGAACAAGAUGUUCAUGUCUAGCAAGGAGCUUCCCAAGGACGAUCCGCUCCGCUCCCUACGACGCAAGAUGAGGUUUUGAUGCUUGGGCAGUCUAAGAUGGGAAGUGAGGUGAUGGGGCGGCAUAAUAAGAGCACAGAGAAUGGCCCGGUUCAAUGCAGGAGGAUGGAAUUAAGACAGGCCCUCACGCCAGAUAAAAAAACCUUCAAUACAGACAAAGCCACCGACUUUUUUAUUAACCCUCUUUAACUCCUAAUCUCCCACAUUCUAAUUUUGCCCGUAUCAUUACCGACCGCGAGGAGCUCGCUGCUCCGCCCAAAUGCAACACUCGUGAUCCUGCCCAGGGGCGUCUGUUCCGUGGGCCAGUUCCUGUAGACGGUGCAGCUGGGGAUGUGAACUAGGCGCAGCGCGUCCUUGGUCUCUGUGCUGCCGAAUGCCAUCA